CCUCUCGUCAGCCGUGCAGUACCCGGCGCGGCCGCAGGGGGCAGCAGCCUCAGUGUUUACAGCAUGGGGGCAGUCGAGCUCCUGCUGGAAGCGUGGAGUUGAAGCGAGUCGCUGCAGUACUUUUAUUCAUGUUUUUAAGUUGGUGAAAGUCUCGGGAAAGCCAGCUCCGCGUGUUUGGCGUUGAUGGUUACUUUGUGUCGGCUCUGAAGUCGCUCUUAGGUGGAAUGAACCGGAGAAUCGUGACGGUAAACCGCCUUUAAGUCGGGGUCGCUGCUCCUGCACGCUCCCGUGCUAGCUAGCAGUUAGCUGCAGGAGCUACUUGUCUAGCUGGCUGGCUGGGGAGGUCCAGCCCAGAUUCUGUUUACCCCGAGUUGUGGAUGUGGUCACUCCCAGAGCUUUCCACCUCAUUUCUCUGGGACAAGAAAGCAAGGACCAAAAAUCCACACUGGAUUUGACACCGCGGGCGGUUAGGGAACUAGCAGGAUGUCCGCGGAGGUCGAGCGUAGUCAGGCUGACUCGGGUUUGACAGCCACCAGCUCCGGCUUGGGGGUGCAGGAGACCCAGAGCAACCGUGAGGGGGCUCCGCCGCUCGGAGACCCGGAGGAUCAGGGGCAGACAGCGGCGGAGACGCAACCCGGAGACGGCCACACAUGCGAGGCGGGCAGGAGUCCGGCGGACAAGAGGAGCAAGGAGAACGAUAAGGAGAACGAGCGCGGCGGGGACGCGGACUCCGCCGAGACCGUCAAGAGGAAAGUUGUGGAAGCUCCGCCACCCAAAGUCAACGCGUGGACGAAGAGGACCACGGGCAGAGUGUCGGUCCCCAACAUCAGCCCCGGCUCGCAGGACAAAGAUCAACAAAACGCUCUGAAAGUGGUUCGAGCCAGCAAGCCCAGAGUGAGGAAGUCCAGUAAGUCGAGUGACUUCAGCGACAUCACAAACUGGCCCACACCUGGAGAGCUGGCCAAAGAGCAGCAGAACGUCCUCAACAACAACGGGAAGAAGCCUCCCCCCCGCAGAGAAAAGGAGAAGCGGCGUGAGCGACCUGAGCGGAAAUCAGAGAGCAGCCAUGAUGGAUGUGAGAGCAAAGAGAACCAGGAGGCUCAGCCCGGAGAGCCCGCCAAAGACCAGGAGUCCAGGGGGGGGCAGGACGCCAAGAACAGCCAGAAGAAGAGAGGAGGUGAGGGUCACAAACGUAAGUGGGUUUCUCUGCCGCUGGACGAAGGCUCCCGGGACGAUGCUGACAAGACGCCCGGCGGGGGCCCGGAGCCCGUCGGCGACACGCCCGACCCCGCGUCGUCCAAUCAAACGCUCAGAAACAGCAGGGCGCAUGACGGCAGCCUGAGUUGGAGAGCAGAGCCGCGGGACCACAGCGACGACACGGGCAGCACCCGCGGUGAAGGCGGGGGCGUUCGAGGAGGACUGCGAGGCCGGGGGAAAGGCCGUGGGCGGGGCAGAGGUCGUGGGCGAGGUCGGUACGAAUACUCCCUGACCUUCAGGGAUGCUGCGUCCUCAGACGGCUCCGCCCAGGUCCCAGCAGAGUUCGGCACCAACAUGGUUUACUACUAUGACGAUGGCAGCAAGGUCCAGAUGUACACGGUGGACGAGAAGCUCCUGAAGGAGUACAUCAAACGACAAAUUGAGUACUACUUCAGCAUCCACAACUUGGAGCGAGACUUCUUCCUGCGCAGGAAGAUGGACGUGCAGGGUUUCCUGCCCAUCUCCCUCAUCGCCAGCUUCCACAGAGUCCAGGCCCUCACCACCGACAUCAGCCUCAUCAUGGAGGCUGUGAAGAGCAGCUCCGAGGUGGAGCUGGUGGACGACAGGAUCCGCUGUAAAAAGGAGCCUGAGCGUUGGCCCAUCCCCGCCCCAACCCUCGUGGGCUCUCCUCGCACCGACUUCUCCCAGCUCCUCAACUGUCCCGAGUUUGUUCCUCGACAGAACCUCGCCUCCACCAACUCUGCUUCGUCGCCUGUGAAGGACGCUCCUCUGCAUCCGGAGGCGCCUCUGGACUCGGCCGAGUCCGGCUCGUCCAGCCAGGAGUCGCUCCCCGCCGCCGAGGACUCCAGAGACACGGCCGCCCUCACGGCCGACCCGGACGCCUGGAUCCAGGUGGAGAAACGCCACCGGCAGCCUUCUGGGAAAGCUAAGGGGGACGGGAAGGCUCCUCCCCCCAGCCCCCAGGCCCCCCCGCAGGCCGAGCCCGACCAGGAGGAGCUGGACUUCAUGUUUGACGAGGAGAUGGAGCAAAUGGCGCCCAGGAAGAACCAGUUCACAGACUGGUCCGACGAAGACGACUCCGACUACGAGCUGGACGACCAGGACGUCAACAAGAUCCUGAUCGUCACCCAGACUCCUCCCUACCUCCGGAAGCACCCCAGCGGCGACCGGACCGGCAACCACGAGUCCCGAGCCAGGAUCACAGCCGACCUCGCAAAAGCUAUCAAUGACGGGCUCUACUACUACGAGCAGGACCUGUGGAAGGGAGAGGAACCCCCGGAGAGCAGCAAGCAGGAUGUGGAGAACUUCAAGAAGCUGAACAUCAUCAGCCAGGAUGAGUUUGACACCCUCACACCCAAAGUGCCUGUCGACCCGAACCAGGAAGCCCCGCCCCUUCCCAUGCCAGUUGACGGCGGAGCAGAACUGGCGCGCUCUCUUCCCACAUCGGUGCCCGAGUCGCCCAGCUCUCACCAACCCCGCACCCCCAGAACCCCCCGCACCCCCGGACGCCAGGACCCCAACAAGACCCCUCGCUUCUACCCCGUGAUGAAGGAGAGCAGCAGCCUGGAUAAACAGACGCCCAGGAAGAAGAAAACUCGACACAGUGCCAACCCCCCCCACGAGGCUCACAUCGGCUGGGUGAUGGAUUCCCGUGAACAUCGACCGCGCUCGGCGUCCAUCAGCAGCUCCAAUGCAUCUCCAUCUGAAGGCGCGCCGCUGUCGGGAAGCUACGGCUGCACCCCCCAGUCUCUGCCCAAGUUCUGGCACCCAUCCCACGAGAUGCUGCGGGACAACGGCUUCACCCAGCAGGGAUAUCACAAGUACCGCCGAAGGUGCCUCAACGAGAGGAAACGGUUGGGCAUCGGCCAGUCCCAGGAGAUGAACACUCUCUUCAGGUUCUGGUCCUUCUUCCUCAGGGACAACUUCAACCGGAAGAUGUACGAGGAAUUCAAACAGUUUGCAGUGGAAGAUGCCAAAGAAAACUACAGGUAUGGACUGGAGUGUCUGUUCCGAUACUACAGCUACGGUUUGGAGAAGAGGUUCCGGUUAGAUCUGUUCAAGGACUUUCAAGAGGAGACCCUGAAAGACUUUGAGAAAGGUCAGCUCUAUGGCCUGGAAAAGUUCUGGGCCUUCCUGAAGUAUUCAAAGAUGAAGAACCAGCCCAUCGACCCAAAACUGCAGGAGCAUCUCCGCAAGUUCAGGAACCUGGAGGACUUCAGGGUGGUGCCGCCAAUGGGGGACGAGGGAGGCAGGAGGAGGCGUCCCUCGACUGGGGAGGACGGGAGGCGCCGGCGACAUCCUUCCAACACUACCUCAAAGCCCGCACAAGCCAACAAAUCCUCCACCACUCAGCCCGCCGCCGCCCAGCCCGCCACAACACAGACCACGCCCAACGACGACGCGCAGAAAAAGGCCGCCGCGCCGCCCGCCCACAGGAAGAAGGCUGACGGAAAAGCAGGGAAGAAGGAAAGCACCACACCCAACAAAUGAAUCGGUGAAGCUCGAGGAGAAUGUGUGAACAGGAGAAAGGGGCGUGGCUCUGGACUCCUCCCCCCGUUUGGGAUGAAGACAGACUGAGCGUGGUUGAUUUGAUUGUUUUCAUCAGUGCAUUUCAUUUUUAAAGCUGACAGCUCUUACCGUUUACAAACUCAAAUGCUUCCUGCAUUUGGCCUUGUGUCUCAGAUGCCAAACUGUCGGAGCGCGGUCAUGGCUGACCCGGCGCUCUGGCAGCGGGCUCCGCCGUGCCCAGACAGCACAUACUGCAUCGUCUGGUGUGCCUUAAUUUUUUUCAGUGCGAAAAAUGUGCUUCUCGAGGUCUUCCUUUUCAUUUCUCUGGGUUUGAACCUUUGACGCCAAGCGGGUUUGCUAGCCUGCACACUUUCCGUUCUCAUGGUGACAAUCAGGCUGGAAGCAGCAGUCCUGGAGGAGCCGGCUUCUCUGCAGUCGCUCCUCAGUCUGUCUGCAAUGAUAAACCAUCAUGUUUGAAUGAAAACCUGAAGAAAUCCUGUCUAGGUUUGGGGGAAGCUUUACUUCAGUCCCAUUUUACAGCCAGAGAUUGUUUAAUUUAUUGUUUCCUUUUGCUUUUCUUCCAUUUACUUGACUAAUGGAAUAGUCUUAGGCGAUCUUAGCAGUUUUGAAUGGCUUUUAAUGAUCACCAGUGGGAAUGAUGGGUGUGAGCUUUCAGCGUAGACCUACCGUAUAUUUAAGCUUGAAGUUUACUUCGUCUUCUGCUUGAGGCUUGGUGCUGGACAGCACUUUGUUCAUCUUCAUUUUUCUUCUUUGAACUUAAAGUUUUAGAGUUGAAUAAAAUAAAAAAAAUGUAAAUACUAUAAAAAUCAUUUGCUUUUCAUUUAUUCAUCUGAUUUUAAGACAUGAUUUGUUUUAUCAUUAGUGUGUUUUUGAGUGUUUUAGGAUGAAAUAAUGCAUGUUUAUGAAUUGUAAAAUGCAAAAAAAAAAUCUCUAUAAAAUAUCUGCUGAUUGUA